AUGCCGCUGCAGUACGAUGAAGCCCCCGAAGUAGCAGCAUCAGUUUCGCCUGAAGUGCACCAUCCGCCUACGGGGCCCGAAUUCAAUCCCUAUGCAUUUCACCAUCAGCAACAACACAUAGGCGCCUCGCCCGUCAAGCCUGAUGUUUCUCCUGUACAGCCGGGAGGAGGAUACGUGCUGCCAGCAUACGGAACCUCAGGUUAUGGGACGCCGAAUGCGCCCGGCUCAUAUUACGGACAUGGCCAACCCUCUGGCUACGCACCCAUAGCGCCGCCCAGUCCGGGACGGCAAUCCAAGGCCAGGACCAUUUGCGGAUGCACGGUUGUAGUUUUUAUACUGUCAAUGAUCAUUGCAUUGCUAUCGGCGGCCGUGGUAGGACUGGCAGCAGGGACCGGCGUCGAGGCGAGUCGCGCCAGCGACGCGGAAUCGAGCCUGGCGGCGCUCAAGGCGUCGGCCACCAGCACGGCGCCGUCGUCGACAUCCACGUCUGACGACUACAGCGCGCUGGACCGCAACUGCUCGUCGAACCCGAGCGGCACGACGGGCGACACGUACGCCUCCACCUUUUUCACCGAGUCGCAAUACACCAUUUACUGCAAUCGGGACACUCCCAACGCGCCGCUGUCGUCGCUGUUCGUCGCCAACCUAGACGACUGCAUGGACGCCUGCUCCUCGUGGAGCUACUACGCGCCCAGCGACUUUCCCAACGGCACGGCGACGAACCAGACAUGCUCCGGCGUCAGCUUCAUCCCCGCCUGGACGAACCGGACCACGGCCGUUGCCGGUACGGCGCCGGGCAAUUGCUACUUGAAACCGGGACCGCAGAAUGAAACAUCGCUGUACACGCCCAACAACGGACAGGAGACGCAUGCCGCCAUUAUUGUUGAUUCCUAA